AUGGUGGCAGGCCACGGACCCCUGCUGUGGCCACUCGCGCCCACAGGGGUGACGCGGUCGGGAAGGCCCCUCACGCUGGGCCGGAGACCUGCAGCUGCUCACCCCAGCGAGGCCCUCAAGGGUUUCGCGUGUGAGCUGCCGACUGUCACCGAAGACGUCAAGAAUGCUGCAGGCGGCUACGACCUUCACCCAAGCCACAGGCAUGUCACAAGGGCCUACGACGGAGUGGACAAGGCGUUCAAGCCAGAGAGGGUGUGGUUCCAGAACCGCCGGACCAAGUGGCGCAAGCGGCACGCGGCCGAGAUGGCGUCGGCCAAGAAGAAGCAGGACUCGGACGCCGAGAAGCUGAAGGUGGGCGGCUCGGACGCGGAGGACGACGACGAGUACAACCGGCCUCUGGACCCCAACUCGGACGACGAGAAGAUCACGCGGCUGCUCAAGAAGCACAAACCCGCGAACUUGGCGCUGGUCAGCCCGUGCGGCGGCGGCGCGGGGGACGCCUUGUGAGCACGCGCGCGGCCGGAGCAACCAGGGUCGGGGCGGCCGGCGCCCCUCGCCGCCGCCCGCCGUGUGUAUAUAUAUUUUUACAGAAUAAGUUAUAAAGCGGCCGGCGCGGGCUCGGGAGGGCGCGGGGCCGCGCGUCCCGGGCGGAAUCACUUUGUAUAAUCAAUAAAUUAUUUAACACGUC